AUGAGCAAAGCUAUGGAUAAGGCUGCUUCUGAGCCAGCAGAGAUCACUAUAUUCACCGAUCAACCUUAUACUAGUUCCAUGGCAGCUGCUCUGACUGCAUAUUUUAAAAACGAGAUCAAGCAAAUGGUGAUAAGUGACGGGCAUUCGUAUACUGAUGAGGCUCUCACCUAUACACCACGCGAUUCAAACGGUAAAAUUAUAGUGGAUAUCAAGAUGGAACUCAAGAGAUGCCUCAAGAGGCCUACACUUUUUUCUCGAAUGAAAAUACGGUACUCUGUUGUUAUAACAAGCAUUACCUACCGAUGUGCAACCGGUCCUGUCAUUUAUUAUUGA